UCCGUUGGCUAUCGUUGAGUUUGUCCUUCCUUUCAACACUCCCUCAAUUCUAACAGCUGCUGCACUGCGUUAGCAGCUACACUACUGAUAAGAUACACCGCAUUACCUAUACCAGACAGCCUUAAGCGUUUAUUUUUUUAUUGGUUAUCUUCUCAGUGGCGGUUUUACAUGGACUAUACGCUUAUUACGACAAAGCGAGCUGAAUUCAUAAGUGUUUUGGCCGGGCGGAGAGGGUAUAGCAGGCUAAUCUGUGCUUGCUAACAGGCUUCAGCUCAGACUGAUCGUUUGAAACCUCAGUAUUUUAUAAACACACAGUCAUGGAGUUCAACGUUAGACGACUAGCAGCGGACGCGGGCACUUUCCUCAGUCGUGCUGUACAGUUCACAGAGGAGAAGUUUGGGCAGGCGGAGAAGACUGAGCUGGACGCCCAUCUAGAGACCCUUCUGAGUCGGGCAGAAUCCACCAAGCACUGGACGGAGAAGAUCAUGAAACAGACAGAAGUUUUGCUGCAGCCGAACCCUAAUGUCCGGAUGGAGGAUUUUCUUUACGAGAUACUUGACAAAAAAGUCCCAAUGCGUGCCAACAACCACGAGUUACUGGGGGAGUGCAUGAUCGACUCUGGACACGAGUUUGGACCUGGAACAGCAUACGGCAGUGCUCUCAUUAAAUGUGGGGAGACUGAGAAGCUGUUAGGCAGUGCAGAAAAAGAGUUCAUUCAGAACUCCGCCAUUAAUUUCCUCACUCCCUUUAGGAACUUCAUUGAGGGAGAUUUUAAAACCAUAUCGAAAGAACGCAAACUGCUUCAGAAUAAGCGUCUAGAUCUGGAUGCAGCCAAAAACAGACUGAAGAAGGCCAGAGUGGCUGAUGCUCGCUCUGCAGAGCUGAACUCAAGCCCUCCGCUGGGAGAGGAGUAUGUGGCUCACUUUUCUUACAUGCUCAGCUUCUUGCAUGUCAGGUGGCUAAAGCUGUGGACUGAGGAGGUGCAGCAGGCAGAGACCGAACUGAGGAUAGCACAGAGCGAGUUUGACCGGCAGGCUGAGAUCACCAGACUUCUGCUGGAGGGUAUCAGCAGCACUCAUGCUCAUCACUUACGCUGUCUGAAUGAUUUUGUGGACGCUCAAGCUGUAUAUUAUGCCCAGUGUUACCAGUACAUGGUCAAUCUUCAGAAACAGCUGGGAAGCUUUCCAUCCACGUUCUCCAAUAACAAUCAGACGGCUGGCAGCUCCUCCGCCAGCAUCUGGGUUCCGACGGCACAGCCGGCCGCCUCACUGCCCGCUCCGCCGCCCAGCCAGACCUCACCUGCACUCAACGAGCUCCGCAGCACCUCAGGCACCCGCAGGGCUCGUGUGCUCUACGACUACGACGCUGCCAGCAGCAGUGAGCUCUCUCUACUCGCAGAUGAGGUGAUCACUGUGAGCAGUGUUCCAGACAUGGACUCUGAUUGGCUGAUGGGGCAAAGGGGGAACCAGAAAGGCAAAGUGCCAAUUACCUACUUGGAGCUGCUCAAUUAAGGUCAGGGAGAAGUGUAAGAAAUAAAAAUCACAUUGUAGAUGUGAUUUGACAAGAGUAACACUCCAGAUGUGAUCAGAGAAAGCUUAGAGUUUAAUGUAGCGCAAAGCAAUAUAAAAGUCUUCUACUGUACACUGCCAUGUCCUGUUGUGUGAACGUCUCGUCUGCAGUUCGAGGGGUGUCAUAGUAGCCUUAGAGUAACGAAAAGCAGUCAGAGACUGCUAACUAUUCAUCAGAUUUAUGUGCCAACUGAUUUUUUUUACUGCUUAACUAAUUGAUUGUGCUAUAAUGUGCUUUGAUGCUGUAAUAAAUAUUAUAUGAACCUGG